GCCAUAUUGGAUUUGCGAACGCAGAAAUUGUUGUUCGCAGAUAGCUACAAAGCAAGGAUUGAUCUUCGAAAAUCGUAGCCAUCCUUGUGAAAAAACAUUAAUUGGCGAUUCUUACUAUCGCUUUAGUUAUUCCCAACUGAACAGGCAAGGGGGCAACUUGCUUGUUCCGUGGGUAGCCAUUACAGCCCGAUGACACACGCACCAGAAUGUCUGAAAGGUCGGCAGCAACAAGUAAAGGGAAGGAUGGCAAGCAAAAAUACUCAUCUCUCAAUCUCUAUGAUACAUACAAAGGAAAGAGUGUAGAACCCCAAAAGGCAACAACAAGCCAUGGACGUGGAUUGCAAAGUCUCGGUAAAGUUGGUACAGCACGUCGCAUGCCCCCUCCUGCAAACCUUCCAAGUUUAAGAAGUGAAAACAAAGGAAACGACCCCAACGUUAACCUCGUACCCCAAGGUGGAUCAGGAUGGAUCGGAGGCAAAGAGAAACCAGAAAGUUCUGCAGGAGAUCAGAAAACACCCAAUACCAAUACCCCAUCAGGACCAAGCACAUCAUCAACAGCAGCAGCACCAGCGGCAGCAGCAGCCCCAGCACCGCCUGUAGUGGCACCAGUCCAGUCCAAUGUAGAGAAACAAACGGGUUCAGCUUCAUGGAAAGCCGGUGCUCCGAGUGUAUCCGAAGGCAAAAGUGUUCAAGGUGGACAAGGCGGCGGUCACGAUGGGUUCCAGAUGGAGUUCCCUACACUGAGAGCGGGUGCAACCCCUGCGGAACCACAACGCAAGGAAGCGCCCAAGGAGGUUCAAUAUGGCCCGGGACCAAGCCUACGUCCACAGAAUGUUGCAAGCUGGCGAGAAGGAGGCAGCACCCUGAACAAAGCAACUGGCAGUGGGACGGGGGCGGGGGCGACAGGUCCCGGCGGGGAGGGAGAGGGUGGCCAGUCCAAGGACAAAGGCCCAAUGAACCCUCCGAUGGGGACUGGCCACCUACCACCUAAUAUGAACGGAGGGCAGGGAGGCCCCCUACCGCCAGGAGCUAUGCCCCCACAGUUUAGGGGUAUGAUGCCUCCAUUUAUGUUUGGUAGGGGCGGAUUCCCACCGGGUGGACCCCAAGGCCCAGGCGGGCCACACCCUGGACCUGGAGGACCACGAGGACCCUAUCCCAUGGGCUUCCCUGGAAUGCAAGGACCCAGACAGGGAUUUCCCCCACAGCAAGAUCAAAGACAAAUGAAACCAGGCGGUCCCGGCAGAGGGCCCCGAGGCGGAAAUCAAGAUCAGCGAACGUUGGGACGCUUUGAGAAGACGACGAUCGUCAGCGAAGAGACCCUUCAGCAGCUGGACUCUCUGGACGUAUCGGUCAAGAAGGCCGACGGUUGGGCCGGAGCACACGGUGAAGUGGACUACUCCGCUAAGCUGGUAUUCAGUGAUGAGGAAGAAGGUGGGAAGGGUCGAAGAAGAGGCGGCAAUGAUCCUCAUCUACAGCGAGAGCACGGAGGUCACGGGCCACCAAGAGAUGACAACGUCGAUGAGAGAAGAUUGAUGGAUUCAGAAAGGGAAGACAACAGACAGCGCGAAAGACCGAUGUGGUCUGGUGCCCCGCCUCAAAGCCAGAUGCCGCAGCAGCCCCCAAUGAACCGAAUGGGACCAGGUGGACAGAUACGUCCUAAUGUAGAAGCACAGGGUUGGAAUCGUGGAGGUCAUCCGCCAUUUGAUCAGAGGGGGCCGCCUCCUCCACAGGGUCACUAUGCAAGGAUGCAUCCACACUACCAGCAACAAGGUCAUGGUCCUGGUCAUGGUCCUGGUCCUGGUCAUGGGCAACCACCAAGUGGUCCACCACCACCCAGCGGCCCCCCGCCGAGCGGGCAACCACCCAGCGGUCAACCACCAAGCGGUCCCCCGCCUAGCGGUCCACCACCAAGCGGUCCACCACCCACUGGUCAACCACCCACUGGCCCACCACAACAAGGUGGCCCACCUCAACAAGGUGGCCCACCACAACAAAGUGGUCCACCACCACCAGCUGGUCAACCUCCCAGCGGCCAACCUCCAACUGGUCAGAAUCAGGGACCUAAGCCUCCUAUCGAUGAAGAUGAAGAUCGAUGGCGCCAGCGUCGUCAAAUGCAAUCCAACGAGAUGAACAAGAACAUCGAGCGUGCUCGACAACGUCGCCUCGUCAAGGAAAAAGAGGAGCAGAACUCUGACCAAGAACGGAAAGCUGCCGCCCAGGAGAAGUUACGCAAGCUUGAAGAGCGCAUCGGCAAGAGGGAGCCAGAGAACGAGGGCGGUGCAGGAACUGGUGAGGAGCGAGGAGGUGAUCUCGGACUACCCCGUGACGGUGGGAAGAGGCAACGGACGGAGAGUGGAAGCAGUGAUGGGUCUGGGCCGAGACAGGGAAGAGAAGGUAGAGGUAAUUACCAGCGUCAACCUGCAAGGAACUUGCCACCAAGAUUCCAGAAGCAACAGCAACAUCAACAGCAGCAGCAAUUUCCUAUGCAGCAGCCACCGCCACAGCAGAAACAAUACACACAGCAGCAGCAGCAGCAGCAGCAACAACAGCAGCAACAACCACAACAGCAGCAACAACAGCAACCUCCACACCAUGAACAACCACUCAGACGCUUUCCCUCAUAUCCACCUCAGAAUGACAAAGAUCAUGUGCCCGGUGCCCCGCCUGCUCACCCGCCAGCUGCGCAUCCAGCCCCGAGAGAGUUUGAGCAAACCCAAGAAACUGACCAGCAAGAUGUGAGAAGCGCCCAACCAAAAGAGAUUAAGAGGCAGGACCCUCACAGUAGGAGAAGUCCCGAUGACAGGGAAGGGGCACAUCCAGAGAGUAGAGAGGGGCAUGUCCAAGACACUAUAGACGUGAGAGGAGGGGAAGUUAAGGAAGCUAGAGUUGGUGGAGAGACUAGGAAGACAGCGUGGGCUCCCAGUUCAGAUGCUACGGAAGGACCUAGUCAAGAACCAAAGACUGGAGCCCCACCACCAGGUGCAUAUCCUCAACCUGUGAGACGUGGUGAUGGAAGGCCGGACAACCAAGACAGUCGUGAAACUCAAGAUUCCAAACCGACACCGUCAGUCCCUGAAAAGCCUCAUCCGGUCCCUCUGAUGAAAACCAAACCCCAACCACACUUUGAUAACGACCGUGGAAGGUACCAAGAUGCUGACAAAGGAAGAAAGUAUGAUUCUAGAUCUGGUGGCAGCGGGCGGGAUCGCCAGUCCCAGCAUUCCAGAUCAAGACAGGAGUCUGACAUGGACAUGUACAAUGACAGAGAGAAAGCCUCAACAAAGGGGGAUGCCCCUAAACAGUUCCUGGAGCAGAGACGAAAUGCUCCUGAUCCGAAAGAUAGUGCUGGAAGCCGGCCGGCACCAGAGCCGCUUAUGAGAGAGCGACCAUCACAUGUUGUUCAGAGUGAAACCUUUGUGAAGUUGACAGAAAAGCCUCAGCAGGGAGUGGAAACCUCUGGGCAGCAGAAAGCAUGGGGCCAGUCACUUGAAGGAAAGCAUCGUCAUGAAGACAGGCCGUCGUUUGAGAAUAAACAGCAACCCCGUAAAGGCAGCGAUAGUAGAGAUGCAGGCCGUCGUGAUCGAAGAGACAGAAUAGGUUCAGACGGUCAGUCUAGAAAUGAUUCAGAGCUCAACAAGAAACGAGAUGUAGUGGCUGAUCUGGGUAAAAAGCCAGUGCACAGGAAAGAUUCUGCUGAGAGAAGGAAAUGGGGUGAGCCUCCAAAGGCAGCUCCUGUCGCCAAUGAACAGAAAAAGGAAGAUUUAGGAAACAUUGAUACAGCAUCUGUAGCUUCUGAUAAAAGCAAUGACAAAAGUGUGGACAAAAGUGAUAAAAAAAGUGAUGCUGGGUCAGUGUCGGAUAAGUCUUCGAUUGAUACUUCAGAAAGUAGAAGCAAUGCUAAAGAGUCUAAGGAUCAGGCGGUCGACAAAAGCAAAGACUCAACCAGAAGGAAGGACUCCCAGGACAGACCCGAUAGGUCGAAUCGGCGAGAGAGAACAGAUAAACCCAUCAGAUCGGAGCAUCCAAACAGGAGAGAUAGACCGGAGAGGUUUGACAGAGCUCCACGGGGAAAGAGGGAUUGGAGGGAGGGGCCAGGUGAUAGGAGAGACAGCCGUGGUCGUGGAACCAGAGUGGACUCUGUUCGUAGUAGAGGUCGCUCCACAAGACCCUACGGCUCGACCUACCAAUCAAGAGGGAGAGGUGAGCGGCGCUAUCCAGCAACAUAUGAAGGUCGUAGACAGAUGCCCGAGGAUUUGGAUGACACGGAGAACAUUGAAUUAGAAACCGUAGAUGAGGCUGCCCCUGCUAAAGAUACAGACGAGGCUCCGAAAAGAGAUGAUCAGGAUGGAGAUGAGAAGUCAAGUCUGACUCCAAAUGAAGAGGGGAAACCAAAACAAAGCUACUCUGAAGGCAACUUUGGGAGGAAUAGAGAUCGACAAGGCUUUGUACCAAGGGGUGAACCGUCAAGAAGAGGUCGAGGGCGGGGAGGUACAUAUAGUGGAAGGGGUAGAGGAGGACCACCAAGUAGGAGCAAUAGUGCUGGACAGACCUGGAAACCAGAUCCACGCUCGGCGAGGGACGGCUACAAGGGACGAGACAACAGAGGACGAGAUAAUGAACCGGAAUGGGAAGGAGAGCUCCUCAAGGAUAAAGAACCUAGAAGAGAAGGCAGCAGGAAGGAGGAUGGCGGGAUGGACAGGAGACAGGGGGACCGCUAUGAACGAACUGAGUACAGAGGAGGAAGAUAUCCCAAAACAAGCCGUCCAGAGCCAAGAACGCGCCCAGAGCGCCCGCCAAGGUUCCAGAAUACAAGAGGGAGGGGUCGAGGACGUGGUGGGCGUGAACCAAGAGGUAGAGGUGGAACCACUCGCCCUGCUGCCCCCCGAACAAGCAGCAGCAGUGAAGGUGCUGUCACGUCAACGGCAUUGACCAAACCGGUCCUGAUGAAACAAAACUCAUCUGAUUUGAAUAAUGAGGAGUGGGAGACGGCCUCGGAGAGCAGCGAUUUCAACGAGAAACGAGACAAAUCAGAGGAGAAGAAGGAGAAGCCGCAAGAAGUCUGGACGGAGACUAAGGAAAAUGCUGCCCCAGUCCACCAUAGCAGCAAUAACAGCAUCAAUGGGGGUUCCGCUGCUGCUAAGAAAGGUUUCUCUGGUGGACAAAGACCCACUGGAGAAAGAUUUUACCGAAGUAGUGGACGAACAGAACCAGACGGGCAUGAGGCAACAGUAAAGAGUAAUAAUAACCAUCGUGAUGGAAGUCGUGGCUCGUCGCGUGGUGGUAGCUCUGGAAACCGCGGCGGUGACCGACGAGCCCCGGGGAAUGGUAGCAGCUCUGGCAGUGCUUCGAACGGUCGGAGGACCAGAGGGGGAAUGACAACACAACGGAAGCCCGAUGGUAGAGCUGGACGGGAGGAGAAGGUGUUCAGAAUGGAUGCGAUCCAGCUCAAAGAUCCCACUGCUGUUAAGAAUGUACUGUCAGACAUGUACGGACUUGUGACCAACAAGAAGCCGUCAGCGGCAAUCAUCUCGGGAAAGGUCAACAGCACAAACAACAGCAACAACAGCAGCAGCAGUAACAACAACACCACCACCGGCGGCAGCAACAACAGCAAAGUGAAGACAACAAUAGAGAAAAAACGAGACGCUAUCGGCCAGUAUGAUAUCAACAACUAUGCCAGCGUUGUCGUGGUCGACGAUAAUCCUGAAGUUAUCGUUGAGGAUCCUAACGAGCUGAUGACACCAGAUGAGGGCUUCCAAGAAGUACGAUCUAAGAAGACGCAGAAGGAACGUCUCAAGGCGCAGGAGGCUGAGAGGAAGAAACAGGAGACAAAAGCUCUGUCUGAGGCCAUGAAACAAACCCGCAUCAGUACACCGAGCAAGUCUUCAAGACACUCCAAUCUUCCUCCUCGUCUAUCCAAGCAGCAGGCAAAGGACGCGGCCAAAGGGGUGCCGUCAUCCCCGUCGGUCAGCAGGGCUGUGGGUUCCCUCAAUAAGGCACCGGGUACAAAACCCAUCAGUAAUGACACCAACAUGGGUUUGAUGAUGGGCUCAGCCAAUGUCAUCCCAACCAGGAGUGGAUCUGCUUCAUCAGCACCAUCCCAUCCAGCCCCAGUGGUCAACGCCUGGGAGAAACCUCUCCAGGUCCCUGUACCUCUAGUCAACGCCACCAACCAAGGCGGCCCGACCAGCAUCCCUGUUAGUAUGAUCCCUACGGGUCCAUCGGUCAAAGCCCCCGGAGGCAAGCCGGACUCUGAUCAGCACGACAGCGGCGUGGAGUUGAACAGCGACCACCAUGGGUCUAACCCAUCCUCACAGAGGAACUCACCGAGUGCGGAGAGCAAGGCGGAUCACCGUCUCAUGCAGGAGUACAUGGUGAGUCAGAUGCGUCAACAACAACAACAACAACAACAGCUGAACCAAUCUGCGGACAUUCCAGCCUCCAAUGAGUGGUCCAACUCUCAGCUGGUGCAGAUGAAGCUGGAUCCAUUCUCUUCCUCUCUCCCGGUGGUAGGUCCUGAGAAUGAUCGCAGCGAUAUGGGAGGCUCGGACAUGAGGAUGCAUGAGACGUUUGUCAACUCUGGAGAGAUGCCAAUUGAUAUUACCAACAGUAACAUGGGUUUGGUUAGUGAGCAGACUUCAAGUAAAAUAACAAACACCAGUAGCAGCGGCGCUUCUGUCAGCGGUAUGCCCAAACCCAUAGACCUUCCCAUCAAGGGUGUUAAUCAGUCAUCUCCAGUCACCUCCAUAUCCGAAGACAUCUCCAUCAAACUGCAGUCUGCCAAGCACUUGUGGGACAUGCCCGCACCUGUACCCAUGCCUAACCUGAACGAGAGUGCGCUAUCUCCCCCGAGUAUGGCUUCAGUCAACCCAGCGCCGGCCUCGAGUCAUCAGGCUUUGAGCGAGGGCAGUUUGGAUCCGUCGGUAGUCAGUGACGAGGCUCUUCAAAUUGAGGCGGAGCUCCUAACCGAUGUCCCGCAGAACCAAUUGACAUCACACCGCCCUCUAGUGUCCGAUCCUGCCAUCAUGAUGCCGGCGAUAUCGAGCGGCAGCGAUGCUGAUUUUGCCGAGUUCUCGCACAGCGGCAGUUUAUCUGGUGUGGAUAGUGUUGUGACCACGACGGUGUCCAGUACCUACAGUGAGAUGAGCAGUGAGAGUAUGGACGUGAACCAGACUAGCAGCUCGGCCUCCUCCUAUGCACCUUUCACUUCCUCCUACCCGUCUUUCUCAUCCUACACCUCGAACAGCGUCUCCAAUUCGAUGCAGACGUCCGAGCAAAGAGUCUUACCGCUUGCCGUCGGCAACAUGGGCAACAAGAAUUCCUUCAUGUACGCCGCUAUCCCAAAUCAGGCAAUGGGGACUCAGGCGAUGAAUACGCAGCCGUUGAAUUCCACCACACUGCUCUAUUCGACCAUGGUUGGACUGGACGGGAAAGUCACAACGCCAGACCAGAAUAAAAUGCAGCAGUAUGCAUUCGGUCGACCUGCCGUCCUUAUCGCACCAACACAGACGGUUCAGGUCAGCAGUGCCCAGCCUCAGGGACAAGGAGGUAGCGCCUCGCAGUCCAUGUUCAGUGGUCAAUCGUCCAAUCACAUAUUCUCAGCCUUUCCGAUUGGAGACAAUGCACCACGGCUGAUUCAGCCUCCAGCUGCCUAUGCUCCUGCCCAGUAUGGAGUGUCUGUGAUCCAACCUCCAUCUGCAACACUCCAGUACAAUCUGAAUCAGGCACCAGCUGUAGCACCCUCACCCCCUGCAGCUGCUGCACAGCAGUCCUUUGCACCGCUUAGCUUCUUGCAGGCAGCUAAUCUUACGGGUUCAGGUAUCUCCUCGUCACUCAGUCAGCCCUCGCAAGCUACUAACCAGCCAUACCUGUCUUACGGAACAACGUCGUUUACUCGACCCGACAUGAACUUACAGAAUAACACCAUUAAACCACAGAGUUCAUUCAACGGGUUGUCUACCAUGACCAAGACUGUUGCAAGUCUCCCACAGUUUGGCACAGUGCCGAGUAUCAACAUGCAGCAACAGCCGAUGUACGGACAGCAGCGUGCGACAACUCCUGUCGGUAGUCAAGCUCGUAUUGUCGGCAACACACUGGUGACCCCAAUCAUGCAGUCCAACAUCCACCAAGCUCCUCAACCGACGUCAUUCUUCACAGCCAACAAUUCAGGUCCCUCCCAACCGGCUGCUGUAGGCUCUGCUGGCUCAACCAACUUCUUCAACUCCUUACAAGGGAACCAUGCUGCUGCGGCAGCAGCAGCAGCUGUGCAGCCUCCCCAAGGUGCCCAACACAUGCAAUCUCUAAACACCAUUCAGAUUCAGACAGCUGCAGCUGCAGCUGCAGCAGCUGUACAGCAGCCACCCCAGCCGCAACACCUGCAGCAGCAUCAGCAUCAGCAUCAGCAGCACCAGCAGCCUCACCCCCAGCCGGCACAAAUGCACUAUCCAAGUCAGGCUACCAUGCAAUACUCGCAGUCUCGCCCUGUAAACUUAGGAGGGCCUUAUUCCAGCCAGCCUGGCACGACACGUCACACCACGCACAACGUCUCUAAUGAAGUUGACAGGAAGACCAUGCAUGAUAUGUCUGCACCAUCAACGAAUGAGAUGUCUUACAUGGUUUCGCAGAGGAGCAGCGACAUGCAGCAGCAUGUUGAUGCAAAGCCGUUUAGCCCUAACCGGGCAUCAAGCUCAUCGCAACCACCAGAGCUUCAGCGGUCAAGCUCUCAUUCAGACAUGCCUGCACCAGUAGUUGCCACGAGCAAUCCACAGUUUGGAAGCGGAGGUCAUCCAACCAUCAAGGCGACAUUCCCAAACGCACCUAAUCAUGCAGUGCGGCAACCCUAUGGGCUUCAAAACCAACAGUUCCAGCAACAGCAGCAGCAGACAGCUUUCAUGCCGCGUGCACCAUCAACCACACAGGCACCAGUACGAGGGAUAACACUAAGACCCGGACCCCAACUGCAGCAGUCUUCUCAGAUCCAACCACAGAUCCAACAACAGGGAUUCCAAGCGCAGCCUGUACCUCAUCAGUUGAUUCGCUUCCCUGCUGCAGCUCCUCAAGUCCGAUUCAGACCUCCCAUGCCACAAGCUAACAUCAUGUCUGCAAGAAUGCCCAUAUCCUCUGCUUCAUCUGCUGGACCAACAUCAAGAUCUAUGGACCAUAGCCAGCCAGGUCCAGUGAUGACUCCGAGUAGCAACUUCGCCAGGAAGCCAACUCCAGUAGGGGUCCCAAGUAAGGCUCCCCAAGCUCCUAGUGUCAAGCCAAUCCCCAAGCCAGCUCCCCAAACCCCUGGCGAGUACAAGCCACCAAGCUCGGAAGGUCCUAAGUCCUCCAAGUCCACAGAGAGAGAGGCCUUGCUUGCAUCGACAAAGGCCUUCUUCAGCAACCUGAAGAGUCAGGGCGGUGGGAAACCUGGCGACACGACUUCCUUGGCUAGUAGUGGUGCUACCCAGUCUGAUGGUCCACUCGGCAAAUGUACCUCAAACAAGAACUAAACGGUGCUCCCUGUAAAUCAUUUUUGUGAGAAUGCUUCGUUUGGAAGCUCCAGGAUAGUCUCAUGGUGAAUCUGGGUAGUUCUUUCUCUUCUCCUGGUAUGUAAAGGUAGUGUAAAGUGAAGAUGUAGUGGUCUUGAUAAAGAAGACUCCAGUUCAACGUGUAUGUGAAAGAAAACUGCUGUGAUGAAUUUGAUGAGAUGUAAAAGGUGAGGACUUUUACAAUUUUUUUUAUAUUCUGCAUUUUACCUCAAUUCCUGACUUAUUCAUGCAUUGUACAUAGUAAAGAUGUAAGAACCUCCAACGUUCUUUGCUUGAGAGAGCUAUACAAUGGCAUGAAAUCAGCACAUGCCAUGUCUCUCUUCAGGCUACAAAGCUGCUAAAGUUUAUCUUGUUCACAAAAGUUCUCCUGUGGCCAAUUUAAAUCUGCCUUUUUUUUGCGAUCACAUUUAAUAUGCAUAAAUGUUCCACCUUGCAGUUUGCUUCAGGUUUAACUCCAUGACGUUUGAAUGCUGUCAAUUCAAUUAUUGUUUAAUGCAAAGUUCAAAAACUUGGUGUUUUUUUUCUCGGCCAAGUGCUGCAGAAAACUAUAUGCUCUCACGACAGACGCUUAUUUGUGUGUGAUAAAAAUAUUUUCCUCUUAGCAAAAAGUUAAUCAGUUUUGAGGUAAAUAUACUCGCUGCAAAUUGUUUGUUUUUCGGGGGAAAAAAUGGCUGGUUCGUAGGCGGUGAUCUUAGCUUAAGUAAGGAUUGAAAAUUUAAGUUAUUAAGUUUAAGUCACAAUUGUCAUCUGAUGUUAUAGAAUUUAAAUAAGAUUUUUUUGUAGGGGUAGAUUUGGCAACAGGAUGUUUAGAUUUCCUUUGAUCUUGGUAGUGAUUUUCCAGUUUACCACCAAAGAAGGUGUCAUUCAAGUUUACGAAUAUUAAAAAGUAAACUUUCUUAAUAUGCAAUUUUUUCUGUUAUUAAAGUAAUAGGAUGAAGUAGGAAGUGCAGUUUUUCCUUUUAUUACUCAAUAUUAGAGUAGCAUUAACACAUGUACACAGAUAUUGUUAGAACAAGAGAAUUAGUACACAGAAGCGGAAUUGUAGGUAGGCCUGAUGCUUUGUUUUUGGAAGGGCAUUGAGGCAUUUUCAUCUUGGUUAUGGGCACCUUUAUUAGGAAGUUGUAAAUUUCUAUUGGGGCACCAGCUUAAUCGGUUAAGCAUCAGGCCUGAUAAAGAUUCUCAACUCGACCAGAAACAUUAGUACAAUAUUUCUUACAGAUUUUUGUUUUUUAAACAUUUGCUGAUUUUUUAGGAGGAGGUCUGGAAUUCAAGUAUAUUGGUACGUUUGGAAACAACACUAGGCUGCUGGACUAGUAGGGUAUGGGUUUACUGGUCCAAUGCUAAUACAACUGGACUCUGGCCCGUGGUCCAGUCCGUAUUUCGAACCCUCAAAAUUUUAUUUUGAUGACCAUAGGUUGGCUUAGCCCCAUCCACAGCUGAACUAGUUAUUGAGACCCAUUUAACAAUAAGUUACUAUUGAUUGAUUAAAUAAGAUCUGUAGACGGUGCUGAAAAAAAUGAGAUAUUUUGUUGUGUCUUCGAGUUGUCUUACUUAGUGCUCGGGGUAGAAAUAUAGUGGAAAGAAAAAAUCUACGUAGUCGGAAAGAGUUACCAGGAUAGGGUACUAGGAUAGGGUGCAAAUUGAUUGUGUCCAGAUUUAAGAAUGCGAUGAUUUAGCGUAAAUCGAUAGCCCGUUACAGAGGCAUUAAUAUUCAUGUUUCUUUUUAGACGGUGGCGAUGGACCGUAGAGAGAAUGUAGGUUAUAGUCUCUGUAUAGCAAGCAGCCAUUGUUUUACUAAACAAUAUACUCUAGUUUCGGCAAGGAGAACUUGUCUUGAUUGAUAAGUUGAAAUUUGAUCUCAUUCAAUUGUUGUAUGUGUAAAGACUUUAAAAAUUAGUAUAUCCAACUGGAUCUUUCCAAUAAAAAAAAUGUAAAUAACCAACUUUUUUUGUGAGGUACUUUUACUACCUCCCUGUUCGAGUCUGAAUUGAAAAUUCAUAACUUGUUUUCUUUUUUUUUCAUUCGAUUUGAGGACUUUGCUUGUUCAGUAAUUGACCAAUGUUUAAAGUGUCUGACUCAUUUAGAGGACAGACAGGUGGAUUUGUUGUAAUAUUGCAACGUUUUCAUAGCGACUGCAUGACAAGUAUUAAAAAUGAAAUUUAUAUUGAAUGAUAGAGGGCAGUGUUUUAUAUUCCAAUGAUUGUACAGCUAAACUUGCGUUAUUUCACCUAUCGACUUUGUUGGUCAUUGCUUACUGUUCAGUGUGCUGAAAAUACGUAAACUCUCAUGUAAACUGUUUGACAUGAGACAUUCUGCGUGCAUAUUUAAAAAAAAACGGUGUAAGCUGUACCCAUGUUGGUUCAAUGAGAAAUUUUGUAACAAAGUUUCUUUGUUAAUUGGAAUGAGUCUCUUUUGUUUUGUUAGUUUAUUUUCGAUUCGUAUAUUAUUAACAGUGCAUAAUUUAUAGUAUUUAAAUGUAUACAUAGAAAGGUUCAAUUUAAAUGUAAGACUCAUGUUAGUUUUGGUGUGAUUUCAGAAACAUUUUGGAUGCUUUUUUUUUGUUGUUGGUUUGAACGACCUUUAUUUUCAUUGAUGUAUUUUGGUCUAGGACCAAACUGCAUUGCUGCAUGUAUACAGUUUCUCUCAGCAUUUUGGUCCUUAGAUUAAAAAAAAAACUUUCAGAAUAGUUAACGUUGAAUAAUAAUUUUUUGUUUGUGUUAAUACAAUCAAGAGAUCUAGUAGUAAAUAGUAAAUAAGUAUUAUAGGUCUUUAACGUGUUAAUGCAGCGGAAACAAGAACCUUCAAAUUUGACUGUUUGUAUUAACCAAGACAUCUUGUCACACUUGUUCUCAAUUAUUUUGUAAAAAAAAUUGUCGGAAUUGUUCAGAUUUCUACACUUGUAUAACUAGCAAUUUGUUGUACACAAAGUGUGAUACUGGGUUUGAUGUAGUCACGCUUAAUAAUGCUAAGGCAUUGUGAUGGAUCAAGCCUUUUACUGUGUUUUGUGAACACAGUUCACAAGCUCUAUAUUGAAGGAAUUAACUAGUAGAAUCAAAUAAAACAAUGCUAUGUUGCAAUUUAAUAAAUAUGUACAAAUUUA